UGCUUACUUUUCUAAUCUACCCUUUAUAUAAAAAAAGUAUAAAAAAGUCUAUGCUAAAAAUAACUAAAGUUUACUUUUUAUCUUUGUAUUGUAAACGUAAUAUGUUUCAGUUUAGUCUAAAAACAAGCAUUCAGUUAUACUUCUACUUCAUAUACAUACAUAUACUUUAUAGUCAAACUUCAUAAAAUAAACCUUUAGACUGAGGGUUUUCACAUUAAAGUCCAAAUAUGUGAGAAAAACAGGACACUCAGUGUGAUGCUGGAGCUUUCUCCUAAUAACACACUGACUUCAAUAAUAAGUUGAGGUGAUUCAAAGCCUCUCGUUAUUCUUUGACUCGUUAAGCCGGCCUCUCAGAUUUCAAGUGUCUCCUUUUACACUCGUGAGCCGCCGCAUUUAUCAUGGGACCGGCCUGAAGUUUCACUGCGGCCGCCAGAGGAGGGAUGCAAAAACUAAAGUUAGUUGUGGGUUGGACCCAAAUGCAUUUUACCCAAAUACACAUCAUGUGAAAAAAAGAGAAGUAAGUUGGGAUAUGAGUCCUCUGUUUUUCUUUCCUCGUUUUUGACGCACGUUCCUUUCCACUUAAAAACUCCAAGUUAUCCCUCGACAUCCUGGGCGUAUCUUCCAUCUUUUUUUUUUUCUUUUUUACAGAAGAGUAAGGUGAGGGACGGGGGUCACAGCUUCAUAAAUACUUGUGUGAGCCGCACACUUUGGAUGGACCCAGGAAAUACUCUGCUUCCACAGGAACUUUACGCAUAGAAGAGGCGCGCCGAUUUUUAAAAAAUAUCUGUCAAACUACUAAAAACAAAGUAUCUUCAUGCUCUGAAGACCUUGGCCAAAAUGGAAAGUCUAUGAUUUGGUAUUUGCAGGACCUAUAUAUAAGUUUUUUUUCCACUUAGUGCAAUGUAGUUCACCUUCACAUCUCCCAGAGAGCUCCAGGUCAAGAUGACAGCGCGAACAUCUCUGAACCUCAUCGGACUGGCGUGGAGCUGUUUGAGUUUCCUCUCCUGCGCGCACUGCGGUUUAAGUGACAACCAUGUGCACUCCAGCUUUAUUUACAGGAGGUUGCGCAAUCACGAGCGCAGGGAGAUCCAGAGAGAGAUCCUCUCAAUCCUGGGACUGCCGCAUCGUCCCAGGCCAUUCUCUCCCGGGAAGCAGGCGUCCUCCGCGCCGCUCUUCAUGCUCGACCUGUACAACGCCAUGGCCGUGGAGGAGGAGGAGAGCUUGCACCAGGGCGCAGGGAAGAGCUUCAGUGCCAAAGCUCAAGGGCACUCCAAGAAAAGUUACUACAAUGCCCAGCACGCCGGGUACUCCCGUGUGACACCGCCUUACCGCGCGGCUCCUCUCCUGGGGCACAGUCCAUCCUUGCGCACGGCGCAUGACACCAACUUUCUCAAUGACGCGGACAUGGUCAUGAGUUUUGUCAAUUUGGUGGAGAAAGACAAAGAUUUUUCUCAACAAAGAAGACACUUUAAGGAGUUCCGCUUUGACCUGACUCAGAUCCCCGACGGAGAAGCGGUAACUGCAGCAGAGUUUCGGAUAUAUAAGGACCGCAGCCACGCACGCUAUGAGAACAUCACCCUGAAGGUCACGAUAUAUCAAGUCAUCAAGGAGUAUCAAAACAAAGAUGCAGAGACAUUCUUGCUUGACUCAAAAAACAUCCAGGCGUCUGAUGGAGGCUGGCUGGUGUUUGACAUCACAGCUACCAGCAACCACUGGGUGAUGAACCCUCAGCAGAAUCUGGGCCUGCAGCUCUGCGUGGAGACUCUAGAUGGACGAAGUAUCAACAUAAAAGCGGCUGGAAUCAUCGGCAGAAACGGGCCUCAGUCCAAACAACCGUUCCUGGUCGCCUUCUUCAAGGCCAGCGGCGUGCUGCUGCGCUCUGUCAGAGCUGCUGGUGGGAAAAAAAAGAACCAAAAUCGCAAUAAAUCUAACAAUCGGCAAGAUUCCUCGAAGCCGACAAAAACUGGAGAUUACAACACCAGCGAACAGAAGCAAGCCUGCAAGAAGCACGAGCUUUAUGUCAGCUUCCGAGACCUGGGCUGGCAGGACUGGAUUAUUGCUCCAGAGGGCUACGCUGCUUUUUACUGUGACGGCGAAUGCUCCUUUCCUCUAAACGCGCACAUGAACGCCACGAAUCAUGCAAUCGUGCAAACGCUGGUCCAUUUAAUGUUUCCUGACAAUGUGCCAAAGCCAUGCUGCGCCCCAACAAAGCUCAAUGCUAUUUCCGUCCUUUACUUUGAUGAUAGCUCUAAUGUUAUCUUGAAAAAGUACAGAAACAUGGUAGUCAGAUCUUGUGGAUGCCAUUAGCUGUAGAAGAUUAAUUUAUGCAAACUGGAUUAGAUGGAAAACACAUCCGUGGGAUGUGAUGUACAGUAUUAUGUGUAUAAAGUUUGGUUUCAUAAUUUAUUUUCCUGCUUUUUUUUUUUCACAAAAUAGCACUGAAAAAUGUUAUAUUUAAUAAAUAGGACAAAAUGUUGAUUUCACUUAGAUCAACAUCCGUGUCCAUUGGCAUAUAUCCUUAUCUGCAUGUCAUUUUGUAAACAGUUCACUGGAGUACUGUGUGCUUAUCUUGUUGAGGGUUUUUUAUUAUAUUUUUUUAAUUUCCCAUGGUCAUGCUGUUCAUUAAACGCAACAAAACAAGGAAAUAUUACAAAAUAAUCUAAUAACAAUUAGUUAAAAUAAUGAAUUUAUUAAGCUAUUGCUUUUAUUUUGAGCAUAUUUUUACAAAAUACAGAUUUUUUUUAAAGUAAAGACUUUCAUGUGAGGAAAUUAUUUAAAAAUGUUGCUGGAAAUAUUUUACAUUCACAGAAAAGAUAAAUUUAAGUUGCUUUUCAUAAACCAAACAAGCUCUUUUCAAGCUGUUGUCUAUUAUGGAUAAUGCUUUUUUGGUUCUAUUCAUAAAAACUAUUCAUUUUUCUUUGGGACGUUUGCCAGUCCAAAUUCAUAUAUAAUGUUAAAUAUCAAAAAUGUGUAACAAAGUUGUGUACAAAUGCUGUAUUAUGUCAAAAUUUCCUCUGUGUUCUACUUUUUUGUUUGUUUUGUAGAGUUUUAACUUUAAUAAAUGUACUACUUUAAAGCUCUUCUCUGGCUUGCUUUUACUUAAAUUCAAAUUUUUCAAGCUUGUAUGUUUAAAUGGAAACUCCUCCAAACGCCACGGAUCGGUCCUGUCCUUUUGUGCUUUUUUUUUUUUUUUUAGUGGCGUGCGGAUGUUUUACAUUCUGAGGCCGGACCGUGCUCUAACAUUUAUAAAUGUUUAGCGAGGGCAACAUAAACUGUUGACAUGCUGCGGGGGAGCAGUGAUGUUAUUGUACGGGGAAAACAGACAUUGUCUCUGUGUCCGUCACAGAGUUACUUCCAUUCAUGCGCGUUUAUGGAAUGUACGUUCUUAAAGUUAAAUUUCCCCCAAUGUAACAAAAAUGUCUAAAAAGAAAAGCUGAAAUUAGUCCCGUUUCUGUUUCGUUAGGGAUAUAUUUCCAGAAAAGUGCUGAAGAUUGUGCAGAUUUCAGAGAGGUACUGUGAUUGCUGGGAGAUUUGAAAUGUAGGGAUUAGGUUAAGGAUUAAUAUCUAUUUACACAACUGUGUUGACCUUCUCCAAACAUAAGAUACGUACUGUUGCACGUUUUCUGACGUUUUUUUUUUUUUGUUUUUUUUCUCUGACAUGGCAGAACAUAGAGUGACUGUAUUUCACUUAAUUAAAAGCAGUGGCUGGCCUGCCCAGAUGUUAUGUGGACUCCGUCUUAUAGGAGUGUUGACACUGAGGGAAUAGAGGAGGCCACCUGCUAACCUAACUCCUGGCUGUAGGGGCAAUUUGCAUUCCUGCGGCCUGCUGCUUGGCAUGAUUACUCGUAGCACUUAACAAACCCAUCUACUGUUUAAUAUUAUGGAUACUUUCCAAUUCAGCUACAUUUCUUCUUUGUCAGAACUUCUCUGAAUGAGCCUCUAUUUAGGUUCACCA